CAGGCGUCCCCUCAUGCAUUCCGGCUGAGUCGGCGUAUCGACACGGCACGGCAAAGCAAACAGUUCCUUUUAAAUAAUUAGGCGAAAUCAACAAAUUAGUAUAGUUAGUUAUCGCACAUUACGGCCGAGUCGCGUGCGUGCCGCUUUCGUGAACCGAUGGACUAGUGCAUCCGCGCGCGCCGCCCGAGCGAGACAUGAGCCUGUUCACGCAGCCGCGGCACGACGGUCCCACGUCUGCACCGACACCGAUGCAGUGUAUGCAUUACAUCGAAAUUGUAGAACCACAGCCGGAGGACUGCUCCGGCGCACCCCUCCCGCCAGAGGGCAACGUCAAACUCCGCAACUACCGGCUGCUCAACGAGAACCUCCGCGCGUACUCUCCCACCGGCGAUAUCCACACCUCACCGUCCAAGGGCAAAUUGGUGUCAAGGUUCGACGUCUGCUCGACCAUAUCGCCACCGCGGGCGAAAAUACUCGAGCUCCUCCGGCCAGAAGAUCCGGGCCGGGAUGUUUUGGAGGCGAUAAUUAAACCGGCUCCCCGUAGAGGACUCACGCGACCACUCGAUGAGGAUACGCGGCGAUUUCUACAGCGAGCGCUACUGUCUCCGAGUCCGCAAUGUGUCUCAAUGACCACCACACCGGAACCUCCUAAUCCGCCGGCGGUACCUGUUGAAACCCCGACGGAACCGCCAAAUUUCACUCAAACAUUACAAAAUCCAAAAACAGAAAGAUCUCUAGCGGACGAGUUACGUGAAGCGGAAGAAGAAGAGCGUUCGGGAGGAAAUAUUCGAAAGGAGUUGUUGAGGGAGUUCAGAAAAAGAGGUGGGAGUAUUAAAGAAGCCGUCGAGAGAGAAAGAUUGGGAAAGUUAGCGUUAUCAGUGGAGGAAGACGAAGGGGAGUGCCAGGAGACCGAACUGAGUGCAGCAGCGCGACGCCUGGACGCCCUGCUGGCGGAGUCCCGGGACCUGCACAACGAGCUGGCGGGUAUCCACGAAGACAUCCAGGCGCAGAGUGCGCGCGCGUGCCGGUGCGCGGCCGCUGCGCGUGCGCUGGUGGCCGAGUGGCGAGCGCUGCGAUACAUGGAUGACGUGGUGGCACUAUUGAAAGGGGACGUGGCAGCCGCUGUAAGGGCUAAGGCCUGGCCUUUCGCUAUCGGCCGGAGAGACCCACGCCGCAACUACAUCGUGUGAUCCCAGAGUAGCGACAUGUGCAACUCCGCGAUCUACCGACACUGCGGCGACAGUCGACACGACACUCCACACUGGAGAUGAGAGCCAGCGACAAGCCAUAGUCACUAUUUAGAGUUUACAAACACCUUCUUUCCCUAUCACAAAUUACCAUAUAUUUUUUUUAAAUGGAUUAUAAUGGAAUGAUAACCCCACCCGCGCUAUCGGUAUACACCGGCGGGGCACCAGUGAAGAAUGAUAGGUGAGGAUGAAGCAGGUCAGUUAGCCCAUCGUGACGAAUUCAACAAGAAUUGUUCACGAUGGUUUCCAGGGGGAACCACGUGGAGGUCGACGUAAUAAGGCAUAUUGCUAGCGAUGGGGCUGUCAAACUCCAUUGCUAACAAUCCUUUUCCCCUAAAUUACCAUAUUAUUACUUUUUUUUUCCUAUUAGUCACUAACUAAAGUGAAAUAUGUCCACUUUAGUUACUGAUAAAUGUCAAAAUUAUUUGUUACUUAAGCUAAAUAUAAAAAAGUAACGCCCUCCCAGAUGCAAUAUAUUCUUGUUUUGUUAUCGGUGAAAAGAGUUUAAAAAAAAGUUGAUCUCAAAAUUUUAUACUCUUAUUGGAUCUCUAAAAUUGAUAAUGUCACGAUUAGUUAAGUUACUUUAAAUAACAGGAAAGAUAUUCAAGUAAGAGCUGUUUGUUAGAAUCAUAGAUAUUAUAGUAUGUAACAGAUAACAGAGGAAGACCGAGGAAUAACUACAUAGGACAAAAUAAAAGAAACACUAGGUGUCAUGUCGUAUAGGGAGAUCAAGGAUAUGGCCUGGAAUAGAGCUGGCUGGAAGAAGAUGCAUGAAUUAGUUGCACCGACAAGAGGAAACUCUUAAAUGAAAAAAAAACAUAACAUAUAGUAUGGAUAACAUAUAGAUGGAGUUUCAUGUCAAAACAAAACAUCUAACUACUGACAGGCGCGUAUUUUUGUUCAAAAUUAAUUUAUGUAUUUUCCGAAUUGAAGUGUCAAAUCUUAAAAUCAUUAAACGAAAUUUCUAAUGUAAGUAGUAUAUUAAUUUAUUUUAACAUUUAUUAUAUAAGUAGGUAGGUAUUAUAUGUAUUUAUAGUGUAUGUAUUUAUGUAAUAUUUUAUUAUAUAUUUUAAUAUUUUAUUUAACUGUAUAUUUGUUUAUGUAUUAAUAGUUGUAGCACUUCAGCUGCUCGCUAACGAAAUGCUUUCUUACUGUACUGGGUUGACUGGAAGAGAUCUCUGUCAGAGAUAAGUCCACCCUUGCUCACAACAUUUAUAAAUAGAUUAUUUUAUAUGUAACUUACAAGUGCAAUAAAGAAUGUACAUAUAUAUAUAAAAUUACGAUUUUUAAACAAAUGAAAAUUUUAAACGAAUAGUGCACCAAUUUUCAGUUUUACGAAUAAUAACUGUAAUAUUUUGGUGCCUAUAUUCAAAUAUACAGUCUUUCGUGUCUCCAAUUACUGUCACAUAAAAAUAAAAAAAGAUUGCAUGUCUUUGACGAAGUGUUUAUAUACAUAAAUAUAUACUCCAUCUAAACAUUAUUAGAUAGAACGUAGCUCUCGCGUUAUUUAAUUAAAUGUACAUUUAUCUGUAUAAAUUCAUUAU